ACCUAGGGCUUUGCUGGAGGAAAAUGGGGCGAAGCGAGAGAGAAAUACAGUCUCAGAGUGGGGUGAGAGAUAAAUUCAACGCAAACCCAGCGGUGCAGCAAAGGCCUUAUUCUGCCUCUGAUCUGGGGAAGUUUCAUAUUCUAAUGGAGAGAAACGCACGUGCACACACACCCCCCUAAACCCACACAAAUGAAACCCCCUCUGCGGAGAAGCCGGCUACAGGAAACUGACUUAGGCACAGGAACUCGCUAAUCUCUUUUGUCACAUUCGGAUUGCUCCUGCUGCCUCACGCACACUAAACCCAGCCAUCUUGGGGUGGACUCCCUGCCAGCCCAACUCUUGUAUUUUCAGUUCUUCUAGUGUGAAUCACUUAAUGUUCUCGGGAGCAAGGGAGAGGUUAAUCCUAGGAGGAAAUCAACCACAGUGAAAAGGCUUGGGCCGCUUUUGUUUUCACAUCCUUUUGCUGAACAAAUUUGAUCUCCGGAGUCAGUCAUUUUACUGUCAAGAAAUUCCUUCGGUGUUCUGCAACAGGUAAGGAUUUUGCUUCUUUGAAAGUAUUUCUUUGGUGUCAAAAGAAAUUUUUCUAAUUUUGUUUAGCUUUUACUCUAGGCCAAACAUUGUAAUGACUGAUCUACCUGCUGUAAGGUGUAGAACCAAUUCACAGUGGGACGGCGGGUUGGGGGGGUGGGUAUUGCUUUGAUAUUCACUGCCCCUCACCACAGUCCUAACAAGAUUUUUGAAACAUUAAAAGUUACAGUCGUUGGCUUUUUGAUUUUCCAGAUACUCUAGAGAAUGCAUAUGCUUGUGACUGACUGUGGCUGGGCUCAACUGUAUGGGUAGUUUAAAUACUACCCAAGGUUUGAUGAAGUAAAUCUAAAGACUAAGUUGUGCAAAUCUGAACUUUAAAGUUGUCUAGUUCAGAAAAGAAAAAACCAAAAUUCUAAAUGAUGUAGAUUUCAAUCUGGAACUUCUAGCUUGUGUUUUUCACCUCUUGCCAAUGCUAAUGUCCAUUUCCCAAAAGUGCUCUGUGAUGUAUAACAUGUAGUUUUUAAUUAAAUUUAAUUUUUCUUCUGAGGUGGUUUGAUUUGGAGAUAUGCUAUGAGGUACCAGUCAGUAGCCUGAGUUGUAACUAAACAAAGUUUGGGAAAUCACCGGUUUUAGGUGCUUUACUAAAUGAAAGUUGCCAUUGAAGUAUUUAAGCAGGCAACAAGUAGUUGGUGAUCCCUUACUGGUUCUAAGCUGGUGCUGUGGAGGAUGUAAGAAAAAUAUUUUUAAAAUCUCUACUUUGAAGGGCCGUAUAAUCUAGUAGUCGUGAUAAGAAGUAAAAUUUAGGAAGCAGUGCAAGAUGAGAAUUCAGUGAUGAGUGGGGAGCUCAGGCCUGAAGAGUUCUGUGAGUUCCGUAGAGGUGGUCUGGGGGCAAACUGGAGUCGUCGGGAAGAUCUGGGCUUUGGAAGGAUGCGAAGUGUUGGUAGAAGAAGAAGGGGAAGGUGAUUUCAGACUAGGAGGACCUUGUGGGCAAAGGCACAAAGGCAAGGCUGACGUGGAGAUGAUAAGGCCAGUUGAAGAGACACUGGAGAAGAGAAGAUAGUUUGUUUUACACAUUGCAGGAAAUCAGAUUAGACGGUUAGGGUGUGGACGCAAAAGGGAGGACCUUACAGGCACUGGGGAGAAGGGACCCCAUUCAAUAGUCACUGGUCUCCCUCUGCCCUGGGCUGCGCCUCCUCGGCUCUCACGGCACUAGCAGAAUUCCACGUGAGAGGAAGCUUGUCGAGUGUGGCCACUUCCCACGGGGGCUGCUUUCUGCAUCCGUACACCUGACUGUGGGCCUCCAUUUGCCCUCUACUGUCUUCCCUUGGGACAUCAUUUACGCAGAGAAAGGUUCGUGUGGCUCGGGGUGCAGUUUCCAAGGUGGCUAGAUCCAUCAGAAGCUGAAGCCGUGGAGAACGCUCUCAGGGGCCCUUGUCACUUCUUGGAGUAGAAGCCGACAGAGACCUGUUUGGAAACGUCUCCUUCACACACCAGUUGAAGACUAGGCUUUGGAGGUUUUCAAAGUAGACGGUGCUUGGAUGGGCGGCGAGAAGUAACAUUCUGCAAAUCGCCGGCAGAGGUCCUGAGGACACAGACCUACCUAGCUUGCCUUCCCCUUGCUGAAUGGCGUGUCCUGCAGCCGCCCACUGAGGGCUCUCGUCCCUGGGAUUCUGGACUUGCGAGUAGGACAGCAGGCUGGGAAGAUGCUGAGUUCCAUCAAGUGCGUGUUGGUGGGCGACUCUGCUGUGGGGAAAACCUCUCUGUUGGUGCGCUUCACCUCUGAGACCUUCCCGGAGGCCUACAAGCCCACAGUGUACGAGAACACGGGAGUGGACGUCUUCAUGGAUGGCAUCCAGAUCAGCCUGGGCCUCUGGGACACAGCCGGCAAUGAUGCCUUCAGAAGCAUCCGGCCCCUGUCCUACCAGCAGGCAGACGUGGUGCUGAUGUGCUACUCUGUGGCCAACCAUAACUCAUUCCUGAACUUGAAGAACAAGUGGAUUGGUGAAAUCAGGAGCAACUUGCCCUGUACCCCUGUGCUGGUGGUGGCCACCCAGACUGACCAGCGGGAGAUGGGGCCCCACAGGGCCUCCUGCAUCAAUGCCAUGGAAGGGAAGAAACUGGCCCAGGAUGUCAGAGCCAAGGGUUACCUGGAGUGCUCAGCCCUUAGCAACCGGGGGGUACAGCAGGUGUUUGAGUGCGCAGUCCGAACUGCCGUCAACCAGGCCAGGAGACGAAACAGAAGGAGACUCUUCUCCAUCAAUGAGUGCAAGAUCUUCUAAACCCCAAGAGACUUCGCACAACACUUAUGUAUGUGCCCCAAAGACUAAUGGGGAGAGGGAGGGCCGGGAAGCCAGGAAAGCUUGGUGUUUUCUCUGGGUACUCCCCAAGCAGUGUCUCCUUUCGGAUACAGUUAUUGAUGAGGCUUGGCCACUGGAUGUUUUCACUAACUACACUCUACAAGUGAACUCCUUGCCCAGGCCAGUCAGAAAAUCCCUUGGGGAACUGUAAUGACUAUUCCAUUUUUGAUUAAAAUAGUGAAAUAGUCUCCAUAAUUUUGGACGAUGAAGUGAGUUUUUCAAAGAAUUCCGUAUUUAAAGACACAUUUUAUUUAACUAAUAACAAAAUGGAUUGCUUUUGUAUAUAUUUAGUUUUCACACUUGGAAAAUCUUUUGCUACAUCCUCGAAAACAUAAACUCCUGUGUGAGUGAAAUACCUGUACGGAGCUCUGCCAUAUGUUUGUAGUGUUAUUAUUUUCACCUCAAGUAGAAAGUCUGUUGAAACCACUUGGCUGCUGGAUUUAAAUGGGUAAUCAAAUUUAAAAAUGACCAUAAAUGAAUCUUUGCAAUUUAUUUUCUACCUAUGUGUUAUUCAGAGUUGGAUAUAAAAUACAGUUCCAUAGGAUAUCCUAAUACUGCCUAAUGAUUUUAAAGUUAUUGCUGUAUUUUUCUGAAAUGAUAAAACAUCAUUCA